AUGUGUACAUCCUUUAACGCUCUGAAUGGAGUGCUAUUAGACAACACCUUCGAUGCUCCAGGAGCUCCUGAAUUCAAAUUUAUUUCUGUGACUGGUUUGGCUAUCAAUCCAUGCGUAUCCAACUGUACCGGGUCCGCUGAUGGACGUUUUCCAGAUUGCGAUAGUUGUGCGACGUACCAUGUUUGUUCCAAUCAACAGAUAACCAGACAGAAUUGUGCUGUUGGUUCCCAGUACGAUCUCAUUUCCGAAACUUGCCAACCACAGGCUCAAGCUGUUUGUGGCAAUAAUUUCUAUUCACUGCCAACUCAGUGUACGGUCGACUGCUCGAAUGUUGGAAGUGGGGAAUUCCCUUACUGUGGAGACUGUAGUAAAUAUAUAGUCUGUAACGCCGGUUCAGUUGUACAACCGAUACAAUGUCCCAACAACGAAGUCUACAACCUCCUGGUUCGUUCUUGUACUCCUCCUAGUGGAUCUGUUUGUGGAUAUUACCCAUCACUUUCGUCCUUAAGCAGUCUGACUAAUAACCUAGAUCUGGCACCAUCAAAUCAAUUACCACAGCUCUCCUUAACCAUUGAAGGUACAGCAUGUACAUCAGACUGUAAAGAGGUGUCACAAAAUGGGGCUUACCCAUAUUGCGCAUCAUGUUCUGCGUUUGUUUUAUGCUACAACAACGCAAUUUUUCAACGUAUCAGCUGCCCUAAUAAUCUCAGAUUUGAUGCUGUCAAUCUGAGAUGUGAUCUUCAAGACGUAGCUAUCUGUGGGACUCCCCCAGAGAUGACUACAGGGGUACCGUCAAGUGAAAGGGUUACCCCAGCUGCAUUCAUCAUCAAAGAGUGCAUGGUACAGAGUUGUAGCGAGCUCACGGGAAUCGGUCAGUAUCCGCUAUGUGGUGCUUGUGAUAAAUCAGUUCUAUGUUUCGGUGGAGUACCCAUCAUCAAAAUGUGUAACAGAGGACUUUUGUUUGAUGCCGUCAAUAAACGAUGUACCUUUCCCGAGUCAGCAUCUUGUGCGAUAGCGCCAGUAGUUGUAGGAACAUCACCAGCAACAUCACCAAGAACAUCGCCAGCAACAUCACCAGAAACAUCACCGGCAACAUCACCAACAACAUCACCAACAACGCCACCAGGCAUUACUCCACGACAAACAGUUGUAACAACAUGUUCCACCGACUGCAGCAACAUUUCUGGUGUACGUUACGUUCCUGUCUGUGGUGACUGUAGCCGAGGUUUAUUUUGUGCAUUUGGGAGAAUACGUACCAUCAUACCAUGUUCUUCUGGCUUUUUGUACGAUUUCAUCACACGCACUUGUCAGAGGCCAGCGUUUACCACGUGUGGAGUUGGGGAGCUCGUUGAGGAACCCACCACUACUGCAGCAACAGCCGACCCGAAUCCAGACUGCAUCAGUACCUGUAAUGGAAGACGCAAUGGAUCUUAUCAGUCUUGUGCGGGAUGUACAUUCUAUGUCAAUUGUUUCAAUGGUUCAUUCAAUGGCGUAGCUUGUCCUGUUGUGUUCGGGAGGUUCCAAACAUUCUGGGAUGAUAAUCUCAAAACCUGUGUCUUCAGAUCGUCUACUUGUAGCUCUAUAGGAAAGUAA